GACAUUCCACCACAUAUCAUUGCGACAAAGUGAAGAUGCAUGCAUCGAUAAGUUUGAAAUCAAUCUGGGUGCGAGCAGAGGAAACUGGAGUCUGAUAUGCGGUGAGGUUGAAGAGGAACUUGUUCUGAUCCCCAAUGGUAACAUGGUGGAGAUGUUGAUCCGACUCGGUGAGAUCAAAAGCGAUAUGAUCAAGGAGAUUGGAUUCAGUCUAACUUAUGAAGCGAUCGAUUGCACCUACGAAACCUGUUCUACGGGCUGUGGGAUUGGGACUACAUUAAUAACCUCGGAUGACAUGAUUCAGACUUCACCGUUCCCAUCCCAGUUUCAGCCAUACAGCUAUUGUUUUUACGAUAUUACUCCGCCAUCUGAUGACAAUCGGACCCUUUAUGUAGUUUUGGAAUUUCUAGAGUACCGCAUGUAUAGUAAUGGAAGGUUCUGUGAGGACUCAGUGAUGCUUGAGGGCAGGUCGGCGUUCAACCCUUUUGAUACGCAACGGGUCUUUCAAUGUGACGUCACUCCACCCCUUCAGGUCACAACGUGGAAUAGGAUGAGAGUGAUCGUGAAGACUGGGCUGCAGUCGACUUCUGAAGGAUUCAUCGCAAUGUAUCGAUUUUCGGAGAAGCCUGGCUGUAGUGUUGGAUACGAUGUAUACUUAGGACCUGUAGAACGCUCUGGGUAUGAGGUCGAAUGCAGGGAGCCGUCCGGUGUACUCGCCUCGGUGAACUACCCAUCCUACGAAGACUCCACGAAUAGUUGGGUCAUCACUACCGGAAGUAAUACCUACAUCGUGGUCAACAAUAUCAUUUUAGAACUGAAAGAGAGUGAAAGCCAUGUGCAAUCACAAAUAGAUCCUAAUCAAUGCCGAAGUUUCCUGAGGAUCAGUGAGGUAGGUCUGUGCUUUUAA